UAUGUGUUUUAGGAAAUGGUAUAUAUAAUUUCCUAACCUUCGAUCAAUAUUAUGGCUCAUAAUAAAGCAGCAUAUGAUCACUGGCUUAUCAUGCUAUGUGUUUUAGUAUUUGCUAGUUCAUCAUGUUCUGCUACUGAAGGUGACACACUCAUCAAGUUCAAGACUUCUCUAUCCGAUACCUGGGCACUAGAUAACUGGAAUUCUUCUACAAAACCCUGCAACGGUUUCACGAGCCAUUGGGCGGGUGUGCUUUGUAACGGCGGGAGCGUAUUCGGGCUGCAGCUGCAGAACAUGGGCCUAACUGGCCUGAUUGACAUUGACACGCUCUCAGAGUUGCCGGCCCUCAAGACCAUAAGCUUCAUGAACAACGGCUUUGGAGGUCCACUGCCCGAUGUGAAGAGACUUUCACUCAUUAGUGUCUACUUAUCCCAGAACCAAUUCUCUGGUGAUAUCCCGGAUGAUGCUUUCAGUGGCAUGGGUGAUACCUUGAAGAAAGUUUACUUGGCCAAAAAUGGAUUUACGGGGAAGAUACCGAGUUCUUUGGUUGAUUUGCCUAAGCUCAUUGAGUUGGACCUUGGGGAUAACCAGUUUAGUGGGAAGAUACCAAAUUUUCAACCAAGGAACUGGACGUUGUUAAAUCUGGCAAACAACAGAUUGGAUGGUCGGAUUCCGGCAUCACUAAGCAAUUUAGAUGCCGCCGAUUUUCAGGGAAACGGUGGCUUGUGUGGAAAGCCUCUUAGCCCGUGCAAAUCCGUAAAGAAGGAAGGAAGUGACGGUCGAAGAAAUGGAGCAGUGAAUCUUUAAUUACCAAAUUUUGAACUUGAUUUUUGUAAUACUCUACGUUGCAGCUAUAAAAUGGAGAAAUUAACCUGCGUUCUAGGUGAAAUUUAUAGGCUAUAAAAUGCAUUUUUCUU